AUGCACAAAGUGUUUGGUCCUCAUUGUGUUGUGAAUGACUAUAUGGUUUCAGCAAGCCAAAUAGAUGAAAUAGUUGAAAGCGAUAAUGAUGAAGAAGAACAAGAGUCCGGAGAAGAUGAUGAUGAUAAUAAUGAAGAAGGCUUCACUUAUGGUGUACCGGAAUCGCAACCACAACAACCAAUGGAAAAUCACUCAUCAGUGCCGAUUGAGAUACCUACACAUAACCGACGAUCUAGGCAACAUGGUAACAGAGGUGGUAGAACUACUAAUAGAGGACGAAACCAAUCCAGCCGACAGACAACACAAAUUCCACGAAGAAGAGCUGUUAUGGACACACAUCUAACAAAUAUUGAGUCAUAUCUUGCAACUAUGCAAACUCCAAUCCAGAUGCUCAAUGCACGUAGCCAAGCGAAUGAAGAUUAUGAGCGUGAAUCAUGGUUGCAACUAAAUGAAUUACAAGGCAUAGAAAAAUUUACAGAUUUUUGGUGGGCAUCAUCGGAGAUUUUAAGAGACCCGUUCGAGCAAAAGAGGUUUGUGCUGCUAAAAAAUAAUGAAGAGAGAAUUCGUUUUCUCGAAGGGGUGACAGGUUAUGAUCGAAGUGGCACUUUUCGGGGUAGUCCAUGGAAACGUCAGCUUAGUGGUUCUAGCGGGCCAAGUAGUAGAGGAUCAUUUGGUAGUGGAUCUGGUUCUCCUGGCGUAGGAGGGUUUUCACAAUUCAAUAAUGCUGGAAAUUUCAACAUCGGAGGAACUUCAAAUUUUGGUGGUGAUGGUACUUCAAAUUUGGGAGGGUUUUCACAAUUUGUAAGUUCCGGUUCACCGAACCAAUUCAGAAGAAGACAAGGAUUUCAAGUUCCAAACUCUAACCCACAGUUUGAUGAGUCCUCAAAUCCAAGAGUUAGCUCUGAUGAAGGUUUUGCAUAUAGACCUGCGUCUGCAUCCGAGUUACUUGAUCGUUUUAAUUUGUCUGAUUUCAAUCGCACAAUUGGAAACAAUGAUAAUGAUGGAGACAACUAG